AAUAAAAUCCCAACUCAGCUGAUUCCCCCACCACUGCAAAACGAACGAGCCAAGAACAUGGAAAACGGGUCGGAGUUGGAGAAAUGGGGUUUCCGAGGGAACGAGAAGCUGAGCGCGGCGCUGGCGUCGGCAGUCACCGUCCGAGGCAUUCUGAUGAAGCUAUUUGAAAGUCUUAGCAAAGAUGAUCCAAGGCCGACCGUGCCUCUCGGCCACGGCGACCCCUCGGCGUUUCCGUGCUUUCGAACCGCCGCCGUAGCCGAAGAUGCCAUUGUUGACGCUGUCCGCUCCGCUAAGUAUAAUGGCUACGCACCGUCGGUUGGUAUCCUGCCGGCGAGGAGGGCCAUAGCAGAUUAUCUGUCUCGUGAUCUUCCAUACGCUUUAUCGCCAGACGAUGUUCAUGUCACAAUUGGAUGCAUCCAAGCAAUUGAAGUAACAAUGGCUGUCCUUGCCCGCCCUGGUGCCAACAUUCUGCUUCCGAGACCUGGCUUUCCAUACUACGAGUCACGUGCUGCAGCUAUAAAUCUUGAAGUUCGUCAUUUUGAUCUUAAUCCUGAAAAGGGUUGGGAGGUCGAUCUUGAGAGCAUUGAAGCUCUUGCUGAUGAGAAUACUGUUGCCAUGGUCAUCAUAAACCCUGGCAAUCCUUGUGGAACUGUCUAUACACACCAACAUUUGAAGAAGAUUGCAGAGACAGCAAGAAAGCUGGGUAUUCUGGUUGUUGCAGAUGAAGUUUAUCACCAUCUCACUUUUGGAAGUAACCCGUUUGUGCCGAUGGGAGCAUUUGGAUCAAUAGUGCCUGUUAUCACACUAGGGUCUAUAUCAAAGAGAUGGAUUGUACCAGGUUGGCGACUUGGUUGGAUUGUGACAAAUGAUCCUAAUGGCAUCCUUCGUAAACUUGGGGUUGUGGAAUGUAUUACGAGCUAUCUCAAUAUGGCAGCUGAUCCACCAACAUUCAUGCAGGGUGCGGUUCCUCAUAUGCUUGAAAAAACUGGGGAAGAUUUCUUCGCAAAGGUUAUUGACAUCCUAAGGGAGGCUGCAGGCAUAUGCUAUGAUAGAAUUGAGGAGAUCCCCUGCAUUACUUGUCCAAAUAAACCUGAAGGAUCCAUGUUUGUGAUGGCCAAGUUAAACGUGUCUUUAUUGGAAGACAUUAAUGAUGAUAUGGAGUUCUGUCUCAAGCUGGCUAAAGAGGAAUCAGUUAUUGUCUUACCAGGGGUGGCUGUUGGGAUGGAGAAUUGGCUGCGCAUAACAUUUGGAAUUGACCCUUCAUCUCUUGAAGAUGGCUUUGGGAGGAUUAAAGCCUUCUGCGAAAGGCAUGCCAAGAAACAGUAACAUGGGAGCAGUGGUGAUCAACAACUAGCCGUUGUUGGAUCUCAAGCUCAAGCUAGUCUCUCAUGGUGGUUUCCAUGUAUGUUAAAAAUAAUAACUGUGAUAGGAUUUGUUAAUAAAAUCCCUUCUUUGAAGUUUUGCUAAUCAAGCAAGACAUAAAUGAAGAAGGGGUACUGGUGAUCUGCAACUUAAUGUUGCUCGAUCUGAUCAUGUUAUGUUAUUCUUGGUGACUUGUAAUCAACAAUGUCGUGUUGUUGAUCCAUGCUUUUAUUUGAUUUCCUUGAUCCAUAAAGGAGUUCGUAGAUGUUUUUGAACUCCAUGUGUACAAUGAUGUUCGAUUAUAAUUGGAAUAUAAAAUAUUAUUCAA